UUUCAGUAAGGUCGAUCAAUUGAAUUCUUUGAAAAUUCAUUCGCGUUAACACUAACAGGGUACACGUCUUAGACUGAAUGGUCUUACAUAUCGCACAACGAUUAUGUUCACGAAUUUUUUGAGACUUCUUACUACUUCGUGAAACAACCCAAAAGGACUUCCAAUGAAAUCGUUGUUUCUUCCUCUUCAUAUUUUACAAUUCUGUCUACUUAACAGAAAUUUUACAGUAGCAAACAAUCUUCUAAAUCUCCCCCUCCCCCACCCCCGCUGUUAAAAUCAACAACAAAUCUGCUACCGUUCCACCAACCAUAAUUUUAAUCGUUUUUGUUCUCUAUAAGGUAAUACACCCGUAGAAAGCGUCUUUGAGAAUAGGUAAUCGCAAAAUUGAAAUCAAAGUGCAAAAUGAAUAAACACGGCUAGUACAUCUAAUCUACUCGUACUCUGUAGUAUACGAUAUUGUUAUACAAAGCUACGACCGUGUGAAACUAAUCAAAAUAUAAUAUGAAUGUAUUUUGGAAAAAAGUUAGAGAUUCUCUUCGAUACAUAUUUUCAUAUUAAUAACCGUACCUCACUUUAAACAGCGAAUAUUUCGACACUUCUGUGAUUUUCAUCGUUUCUCACGUAAUAUGUAAAACGUUAAUCAAAAAUUGUGAAAUAUAUAUAUAUAUAUGUACAUAUGUAUAUCGAUGUCUGACAAAUAAAUUCUUCCAUUCUUUACUCGAAUCAUUUUAUACGAAAAUGCGUUUCAAGAAGCAAAGAAUAGCAUAUUCAGAUAAUUAAGCGAAAAUUGUAUAAUUUACAAAUGAAAAUAACGAAUUUUAUAAUUAACCUAAUUAUAAAUGUCGUUAUAGUAAUAUCUUAUAGGAUUAUAUCUUUUCACGAUAUUUAAAAAAAAACAAAAUGCAUUACAUUAACUUUAAUAUUGUCGAUGGAUAUAUUAAGAAACAAUAGUUUAAAUUUUUUAAUAUAAUGCUAAAUAAAUUCGAAUCUUAUUACAAAAGGCAAAUCAACAUAUCAAGAUGGCGUUAUACAAGUGUCGUUAUGAAUUUAGAACAAUAAUUAUCAAAAUAUUUCUCAGAAGUACACAUACAUAUAUCUUAGUGAUUUGAAUUUAUAGUGCAUUUCAAACAUAUCCACGAUAUAAUUAUGAAUAUUAUUUUUUUAUUUUACUUACUCUUUCGCGUAGCGUGACUGAUAUAUGAGCAGAAUCGAACGUUUUUCAAUCGUAGACACUGUCUGGCCUGAAAAUUCAUUCAUAAAAUUGCUCUGAUACUUUCAAUUAUUUCUUUAACAUAAGAAUUUCAUGAAAUAGUAAAAGUAUUUGAAUUAUAUACUUUUCUCCAUCAGUUCCAUCGAUUUCUAACUCCUUUAAACGUAAUUUUUCUUAAAUUUUCUCUCCAGCUUCGCGCCUUUCUUCCACAAUAUUUAGGGCGACAACUAACCGAAUAAUGAAAUCUAGGGAUUUUUGCGUCGUUGCUAUUGGCAGUAUUGAUUGACGCGCGAAGCAGCAAGUGGCGACAUCUUUCAGCCAUAAUAAAGCUAUAUAAGGGUGAACGCGUAGAAAAGGGCAAACAUGAAUUAAAGGUUGUUCGAUGAGUAGGUCGGCUCAUGUCUUAUGAUAAACAAGUGUAGAAAGUGUCGUGCUAACUAUAAUUUUCAUUAGUUCAAAUCGGCUGGUAUCGAGAAAAGUGUGAAUAUUCGUGACGAAGUGUUUCGCUUGUUGCACAGUUGCCAAGGCGACUACGGUACGUGCGUGUGCGUGUCCAAAAUUGUGCUAUGAAAAGAGAAUGAUCAUUGGAGCAACGAUUUUACGGCUAUCUUCGUACUAACGGUAAUUUCAUGUUUCAAAAUCGAACGACCUGAAGACGGGAAUAUUAUGGAAUACUCAGUUUUGGGUCACUACAACCCGUCCAUACAGGCCACGGCCGAUAGCGGUGUUAACGAACAACAACUCCUUUGGGAAGAACCAAAUUAUGUUUUAACUGGUGAUGAGUAUGUACCUGCAACAGAACAAUUUGGAGAAGAAUUUGCCGGGGCUGAAUUCCAUGAAACUCGUACUGUACUUGCUGAUGGGGGGGAUAGAUUUGGAGUUUCCACUGUCACCUUUGACAAUGUCGAAGAGCUCAUGUGGAUGGGAAAUCAAGGGGGUCAUGUGACGUCUUAUUAUGGGCCUGGUUUACAAAAGUACACCUCGUUUCAAGUUCAUGCCACUCAAGAAAUUCGGCAUAUUCAUCCAUUAGAUGAAGGAAUUUUAAUUCUGACACAGAGUUUACUACGAUGUCAGUUGAGACGUGGCAUACCAAUAUUUUCGCACAUGUCACCAAAUAUGAUAGACAUGCAAUGCAUGCUUCAAAUUUCACCAACAGGAUUACUUAUGGGGGGUCAUCAGGAAAAAAUUAUCAAUUUUGAUCUAACAAGAGGGAAAGAGACUGGAUUAGUACAUGUAGGAGAAAAUGGUUGUGCAAUUUUAAGGCAGCAUAGCAGACUUAUAUGCUGUGGCAAUCCUGCUGGACGAAUCGAUCUCAGGGAUCCAAAUACAUUAUCGAUAGAACAUACUUUUGAUACUCACAGUGGUUCUCUCAGUGACUUUGAUGUUCAAGGAAAUUACCUUGUUACUUGUGGUUUCAGUAACUGUCGUCAGGGUUUGACAGUAGAUAGAUUCUUAAUGGCAUAUGACUUGAGACAAAUGAGAGCAUUAAGCCCAGUUGCAACUUUGGUGUGCCCUCUUCUAUUGAAGUUCCUACCCAGCUAUUCCAGUCGUUUAGCUGUUGUAGCACCAUCGGGACAAAUGCAACUUCUUGACACUAUCUAUGCUAAUGUACAGCCAUCUGUGACAUGCUUGUAUCAGGUUGCAAAUAGUGGAGCAAUAUUAUCCUUUGAUGUAUCUUCUACAUCUCAGUGUCUGUGCUUUGGAGAUUCGGCAGGUUCUAUACAUCUUAUGUCUACAAAUACAUCCGAGCCCCAGUUUAAUACAUUUUCUCGACCAACUGAAUUUGCUGAUCCAGUUGAGCCACUUCCACAUAUAUCAUUCAAUGAUGAUAUUACACCACUAAGUUCAAUACCAAUGUAUUAUACUGGACAGCCAUUAUUGAGCGAUUGGCCAGAAGAAUUUUUGAGAAAUGUUUAUAGAAGAACACCACCGAUUGAUCCUGAAAUAUUGCGUACAAUGAAGAUGCAAGGAACUAUAGGUUAUGCUCCAAAUCCCCAGACGUUUCGCAGAAAUCAAAUACCUUACAAUUUGGAAAAACGUCGGGGAGUAGUCGCAAAGCUUUUCGGUGGCGAUUCACGAUCAAAAACAGAUGACGGUACCUUUGUGGCCAUACCUAAACGUUAUCGCAAAAUCGAGUUGAAAUAUUCACGUCUCGGUUACGAUGAAUUCGAUUUUGAUCAGUAUAAUCACACCAACUUCUGCGGUCUCGAAGCAACUCUUCCUAACAGCUAUUGUAACGCUAUGUUGCAGUUACUUUAUUAUUGCGAACCUGUAAGAAUAGCCCUGCUCUCUCACUCGUGCCAAAGAGAAUUCUGCCUAUCCUGUGAGCUAGGAUUCUUGUUUCACAUGUUAGACACGUCCCGAGGACUGCCUUGUCAGGCAGCCAAUUUCCUACGAGCUUUCAGAACGGUUCCCGAAGCAGCAGCUUUGGGACUUAUACUCAGCGAUCUCCACCCGGAAGCCAAAAGGAAAACGAAUUUGAUGCGAUUGAUACAGAGUUGGAACAGGUUUAUAUUACAUCAGAUCCAUUACGAAGUUCUGGAAACAAAGAAACGGCAACUGGAGGAAGAGGAAGCUGCUCGGCUUAAAUCAGGACCAAAAUGUCCUCCAUUCGUUUAUAACGAACAGGAUUUCCCUAGCAUUUUGCAGGACAUUGGCUCCCGAUAUAGAAGCCACGCAGAAGAAAGGAAGAAAAGGAAAAAACAGGAGGAGGAUGGUAAAUAUAUGUGGAUCACAUCGAAAGACAAAAACAGCAAAAAAUCUAUCGAGGAGAACGAAGUACGAGAUGAAGAGACAGAGAUCAGUCGUCUGUUUGGAUCCGAACAAAUGCAUAUACACCGCUGUCUCAAAUGUGGACAAGAAGCUACGAAACAUUCCAUCAUGUUGCUAUGUAACUUAGUUUAUCCGGAAUUAACGCAUCCUUCCGAAGAAGUUCCAUUUACGAAUGUUCUUAUCCGUAGUUUAAGACCCGAGAAAAUUACACCUGCAUGGUGUGACAAUUGUCAGAAGUUUACACCCACACUCCAGUCUCGACAACUGACUAAACUACCUCAAAUAUUAGCUCUGAAUUGUGGUUUAGAUACACAGCAGGAUAAAGCAUUCUGGCAAGCGCAAAUGGAUAUAGUCGUUCAAAAAGUAUUGAAUGGCAAAGAAAGUAGUCCAUCUUCGAGUCCUGUCCCCAUUACUGCGAAACCAUGUCGAUAUGGCAACAAUUGUACUCGUAUUGGCUGUAGGUUCAGACACAUUGGCAGAGAUCCAGAAAAUAUACAAACGCCACCAGUUACUCCACCCAUAACAACUUCAACACCGCAAUCGGUCACAACACCGCCUAGUCAUUUAUACUAUUCUCAUUCGUGGAUUCCACACGAUAUAGAGAUCUCUUUGGAUAGCAAUUGUGAAUUAUUCGUAGAAAAAAUCAGCACUCCAAAGAGCGACUCUAACGAAAGUAGUAAAACGGUCAAUGAGGUCAUAGUAGAAAAUGGUCAAGGGGAUAAUAGGAUACAAGAAUCUGAGAUCUCCGGAGAAGAAGAGAAAGUGGUUAAAAAUCAUGUUAACGCAGUACGAAAUGACGAUGUGGAGAAAGGAAACAAAUCUGAUGAAAAUUUGGAUAAGAUAAGCAAAAUUCGGUAUAGUCUUAGUGCUGUGGUUUGCUAUAUCGAUGAUAAGAGUAAUGAAGAUAAGAGGAAUAUCGUUGCGCUAUUGCGAGUCGGACCAAAUUAUCAUGAACGAUCGGCUGGCAGUGCGGUGUCGCAGUGGUACAUUUUUAACGAUUUUUGUAUAUCCGCAGUGACACCGCAAGAAGCGGUAUGGUUCAAUCUUGAUUGGAAGGUUCCAUGUGUCCUUCAUUAUACUGCUGUACCUGCACCUGAACCAGCACCAUUUGUCAGUCCGCUUACCUAUGAUGUAUUUGGUGAAGAUAAAUGUAUCGCUCGCAGUGGAGGGACAAGGGGUAUCACGUUUACCCCAUUGACGUCCGACGAAAUGCCUAAAACAGGUGAACUAGUUGGAAUUGACGCUGAAUUUGUAACGUUGAAUCAGGAAGAAUCUGAACUUCGUAGCGAUGGAAAAAUGUCCACUAUAAAACCAAGUCACAUGUCUGUUGCACGUAUAACUUGUAUACGUGGCCAAGGUCCCCUAGAAGGAACUCCCUUUAUAGACGAUUACAUAAGCACUCAAGAACAGGUAGUAGAUUACCUGACAAAAUUCAGUGGGAUUCAACCAGGUGAUUUGGACGCAAACUUUAGUAGCAAGCACUUAACAACUCUAAAAUCAACGUACCAAAAACUACGAUUUCUCGUUGAUAAUGGGAUCAUGUUCGUUGGUCAUGGCCUGAAGAAUGAUUUUAGAGUGAUAAAUUUAGUCGUUCCACCGGAGCAGGUCGUAGACACAGUAUUGCUGUUUCAUUUACCUCGUCAUCGUAUGGUAUCGCUGCGUUUUCUUACGUGGCACUUUUUGGGUAAGAAGAUUCAGUCGGAAACACACGACUCUACUGAAGAUGCCAGGGCUGCUCUCGAGUUGUAUCGUAAAUAUAAGGAGUUAGAGAAUUCUGGAAAGCUGGCGGAAUCGUUAAAGGAGCUUUACAACGUUGGCAACCAACUACAAUGGAAAGUUCCGGAUAGCUGAUACGAGGAUGACCCUCAGGAAGAAGUGUAUGAUUUAGUUACAUGCAAAGACAAUGAAGUUUAGACGACAAUUUUGAAGUGUAGUCAUAAACAAAUCGAGGAUUGAAUUUUGAAGUAUAGUCAUAAACAAAUCGAGGAUUGAAUUUUGAAGUAUAGUCAUAAACAAAUCGAGGAUUGAAUUUUGAAAAAACGUUGUUUAUUAUUUUGGUCCAUGCGUUUAUCCUGUUCGAAAAGAAGUUCAAUUAUUCGUACAUAGAAACUAGGGAAAUUCCAAGAUUAUGUCUUGAUGAUGUCGCGGGUGUUAAUGAUUACGGGUACAACUACAUUGUUAAUCGUAUUUAGUAUUUUCUUAUCUCACGACAUCGGCUCGUAUAAACAUAACUCAAUUAUCGACCGUAAAUUGUAAAUCUUUUAGUUAGCCUCCGCCUGAUCGAGAUUAUUGUAAAUUAUCAAGCAAGACGUUAGAGAAAACAAAAUUUCGCGUUGAUUGUAAUUUUUCGACAAGGAUCGAAACGAAAUAUCUGGUACGCAUUCAGUGGCCAUCGUAUAUACAUAAUAUUGUACAUACAUAUUAUUCGAUAGCACAUUAGUUUUUGAAGAGUAUCGACCUCACACUGCCGAAGAUGGUGAAUAUAUUUAUUUUGUUUUCUCGAUGUAUCUUAAAUGGAAGAUAACACAUACACGUAAACCAUUCUGCUUGGUAAAUUGUUUUCUCUUCAACGACACACUACUUUGAUCACUGAAUUUGAGAAAUUCAAAAAAUUUAUCAAAGUUCGAAAAUUAUUUCGAUCUUUCGAUAUUGAAGUUUCGAAGACUGAACGUUUAAACGAGAUAAGUUAAAUUGGUAUACAAAAAUAUUUUACUAAAUUAUCAACAAAUUUUGAUAAAAAUAACGAAAAAAUAGGGCGUUGAAGGGCUAACAAUACGUGUAUAUAACGAAAGAUUAAUAUUUUUAGCAAUAAUCCUAGAGGUGGAUGAGUAUGUCUGUACGAAACGUUUCAUGAUUUCCUUUUUUUAUAUGUAUGUUUUUUAAAAUAUUGACUUUUGUACCGUUUUUCCCAACGACAACUCAUUAGAGAAGGCAGAAACCGGGGGAAAAAAAUACGAAGACGCUUUUUUACAAGAUUUACUUCGUCCCGGUGGCAGAUUUCAUUUUGUCUCACGAAUAUACGCAGACCAUUUUCGCUCGAUCGAAAAUUAAAUCAAUCAUUGAAAGAACCAGAAAUUUUUCUAAACACUUUUUCUACUUCGAGGUUCUUAAAACGCAAGAAUUAAAAUAUUAAACGAAAUACGGUAAUAUAUUUUACAAAAUGAUUGUACUCAUAAGAUUAUUUUUGUAUAAAUUUUAUCAAAGACAAUGAAAAGUGAAAAUAAGAGAAAGAGUGUGUGUAUGUGUGAGAGAGUGAGAGAGUAGAAACAUUGUCAAAAUCUAUCAAAUAAAUCAAGAUUAUCGAAAGAUAUAUUUUUUUAUAUCUGGAACAAUUUUCUUAUCAUUUAUGCGCGACGUAACUUUACAAAUUAAUGCAGGUCUAACAAAAAACGAUCCAUACAACUAUCGUAGAAACAACAGUGAGAGUAUGAUAUUCAUGCUAAUCAUGCAUUUGUUUUAUGUCUACUGCUGUUACGUCAUUGUGAUUUUUCUAAUAAAUGAUUAUAUGAAAAAUUAAUUGUUUCCGAUCAUAUUCUGACGAAUCUCCUGAUACAAGGGUACGAAUUUAUUUAUUUAUUUAAAAGGGAAUAGGUCUGAAAUAAAGGGGGAUCAUGCCAUCGAUAUUACUAGUUGGUCUCAAUGAAAAAUUAAUUAAUUCUCCAUUUUCAUGACAUAUAUUUUCAAAAUUAUUCUCCUUAAAAAAUUCUAGAUUUCUUAGAAUUGAUAAAGUAAUUUUGUCAGAGGUGAUUUUUCACCCACAUUUAAAAAUAAAAUACCAUCUUUAAUAUUAAUAAUAUUAUUAAUUAAUAUAUAUAUAUAUUUUUUUUUCUUUUAAUAUUACACCUUAACUCUGUAUGUACAAGUCAGUUUCUACUUUCCCGCUUAUUCAGGAAUUCGUUCGCUCUCUACACAAUUAUUAAUUUGUGUUAGCUAGUUACUUUCUGAACGGUUUUUAGUAAUACAGUUAAUAAUUUACAAGAUUGUACACACAUACAGUCAGGGCAAGCCCCGGUUUCACGUUACGACGCUCUAUCAUACGUUACAUAUACAUAUAAUAAUGUAGAAAUUAUAAUAAAUAAUCGAAAACUCCCGUUCUCGAGCUUGUUUUAAAAAGGAGAACAAAUAUAAAAUCGACUGCCGAUGUCGGCGACGAAUGAGAUCUCUAUCGACGUGAAUCGAAGCAUUCGAGCCGAUUAAACGUUCUUCUAAUGGAAAAUAGAAUUAAUAAAUUAUUAUUCUGAAUAUUCCACCAGGUAAGCCAGAAUAGAUAUACUAUAGUAUAUUUACAACACAGAACUAGACAUUCUUCUCUUGGUAAUCUCAACUAUUUUGCAAUUGCUCAAGCCCCGGAAUAUAAUCAGCGUUUGUACAAGACCGAUAAAAUAAAAAACUCGUUCACCCUUUGAUCUUAUUUUUUCAGAAUUCUCCAUAGCGGACGUUUCCUUUAAAAAAAAAAAGGAAAGAUUACGAUAAAUUCUACACGGAGUGAAAAAGUGCAAUCUAUUUUCCAUAAAUUGCAAGGUGUAUCUGCAGGCCACUUCGACCUCCACGUCAUCGAGGCAGUUCGAUCGAUCUUCGUAUUCGCUCGUAAUCAUCGACGAGCAUGUGGCUUAAGUAAAUUACAGGUAAUUAAAAAAUGACAUAAUAAUAAUAAUAAUAAUUAAAAGAAAAAGAAAAA